AUGGUAAGCAACCCGUUCAAGCGGAGUGACAAGGAUGCGCCUGAUCCGGCGCAGGAAGAGCAAGAGAUGGCUGCUCAGAUGCAGUCGGCUGGUGCGAAUGUAGAGACAUUUGAUGAAAAUUCGAGUCCCGAGGCCAAGGGUCGCGCUGCCCUCAAGGCUCGAGACGAAGUAAAGCCGCGCGGUCAGUUUGCCGAGCACCAAGAGGCCAAGGCCAAGGCCGAGGCUGAGAAGCUGAACAGAUCUGUUCACUCGGACAUGCUGGGGAAGCGAGUGCGACCGAAUGUGAACCUAAAAGACGUCGAUCAGGCAAGCCAUGCACGCGGACAGCUUGGCGGUGACCAACUUAUCCCUGGUGCGCUGCCCGCUGGCUCGCCAUCCUUGGAUGUGCCUGACUGGUUCAAGAUCGGCUGGAUCUCGAAUUCACGCUAUCUACUCGGCCUGCAGCCAAGUGAGCUCCAUAUUCAGCAGGAUCGACUGCGUGACACAUCGCUUGUGAAUGCGUUUCUGGACGAUGCAUACUAUGGGUACUUAUGGUUCGAUGGUGCUGCGAUCAUUGCGUCUGUCGCACUCACGUACAUAUUGACGCGUCUUGGGGGCGGGAUAGCCUUUGCGACGAUCAUUGCUGCUAUUGGAUGCACGUACUACACCACAAGCACACGGCGCACACGCCAACGCGUGCGCGAUGACGUCGCACGCGAGCUUGCACGACACCGUAUGCUAACCGAGAAUGAGUCUGCAGGUUGGAUUAACCACUUUCUUUCGCGCUUCUGGCUCAUUUAUGAGCCAGUACUGUCUGGCACGAUCAUUCAGCAGGUGGAUCAAGUACUUCGUGACAACUGCCCGCCUUUUCUGGACUCGCUCCGCCUGACGACCUUCACACUCGGCACCAAGCCGCCGAUGAUCGACUCGGUUCGCACGCUGGUCGACACGGAAGACGAUAUCAUUGUGAUGGACUGGAAACUCAGCUUCACGCCCAACGACGUGCAGGACAUGCCUGUGCGGAAGGCGGCGGAGCGGAUCAACCCGAAAAUCGUGCUGACUGUGCGUGUGGGUAAAGGUAUGGUUGGUGCAGGUUUGCCUGUGCUGCUGGAGAACAUGAGCUUUGUUGGAAUGCUGCGAAUCCGACUCAAGCUCAUUCCUAGCUUUCCUCACGUGCAGAUGGUGGAUCUUUCUUUCAUGCAGCCGCCGUCAUUUGACUAUGAGCUGAAGCCCGUCGGUGGUAGCACGUUUGGCUUGGAUGUGUCAGCGCUGCCCGGUUUGUCAGGUUUUAUCCAGAACCAGAUCCACGCGGCUUUGAGUCCCAUGAUGUACAGCCCGAACCAGUUUACUCUGAAUCUCGAGGAUAUGCUUUCUGGUACGCCACUCGAUGCGACUUGCGGUGUGCUUCAAGUGACGAUUUGGAAUGCGCGUAAUCUCGAGCGCCUGGGCAUCGAGGGCGGCGCACCGAAUGCGUAUGUAUCAGUGUCCCUGAAUGGCGGCCCUGAGAUCGACCGCACACGCACACGCGAAGCAGAUCCAAAUCCUACCUACCGCGAGACGAAGUAUGUGCUGCUCAAGGAACUAGAAGGUCUGUUGACACUUACGCCUAUGGAGGACAAUGGCUCGCUGCCGCCAUCGCGUCUCGGGACGACACGCUUCGAUCUGUCGUCGCUCCACGAGAACCCGUCUCCAGGCCGUAUGAACAAAGCGCUCAUGUACAGCGACGAGCCUGUUGGCUCGAUCAUGUACUCACUGGACUACUUCCCGAUUAUGAAGCCAGAGGUGGGGCCUGACGGCCAGCUAAUGCCAUUGCCUGAGACAGCCGCUGGUGUGCUGCGCCUGACACUGCACCAAGCACGCGCACUUCCCAAGUCGGCCGGGGUGCGUGCCAAGUCGGGACGCAAGGCAUGUCUAAAGUUGAACAAGAAGCUCGUGAGGGAAACGAAUGUGGUCCGGGAGCCUGUUGAUCCUGUGUUUGAGGACGUGUCGGAAUUGUUGGUGAUUGAACGCUUCGGCAGCACCGUGACGGUCGAUAUUGUGGAGCCGCACCAGGCGAAGGAUGACACUGUCAUGGCGUCAUUGACGGUGAAGAUCGAUGAUAUCAUACAAGCCUCGAAACGCAAGCAGGACUGGUUCCCCUUCCCUGGCAAUGACGAUGCUCGUAUGCGCCUAUCGGCGCAGUGGAAGCCGAUUCUCAUGUCUGGCAGUAUCAAUGGCAGUAACAGCUACCGGCCGGCUAUCGGUAUCCUCAAGUUCUGGAUGCGUGGCGCUCACGACGUCAAGAAUGUCGAGGCACUUUCGGGCGGCAAGUCUGAUCCGUAUGCGAUGUUGAGCGUCAACAACAUUCCGGUGCACGGCACGUGCGUGAUUGACGACACCUUGACUCCCCAGUGGGAUCAAGUGCUCUAUGCGCCGGUGCAUGCGACAGCCGAGGUCGUGCGUGUCGAGUUGAUGGACUACCAAAAUGCGACGGCCGACCGUUCUCUUGGCUUCUGCGAGGUGCCUGUUGCCAAGCUCGCGCAUGACUAUAUCGAUGACUCGAAGUGCCCCUACCGCGGCAACGGUCGCCAGAGCAUGCGUGAGAAGCUGAAGCAGCCAAACGGCACGACCAAGGGUGUGGUUGAGUUUGAUGUCGAGUUUCUCCCCGCGAUGCAUGUGGAAGGUGCGAACUUUAUUGAACAGAACCGCAGGCUCGAGGCCGAGCAGCGGCAGAAGGAAGGUGUCGAGGAAGAUCCGUACACGGGCUCGCCGCUCGACUCGCCAGAUGCCAAAGCCGCUGCUGGCGCUGCAACACGCGCUGGGCAGGCGUACUUGCAGGACGAUGAUGAAACCGAGGGCGGUGAAGAAGAGGGCCUGCACCUCACGAAGGAGCAGCUGCUCUCGAGCCAAUCAGGCAUUAUCGUAUUCAAUCUCAUCAAGGGCGAGAUCCUUCGGUCACGCGCACAGCUUGAAGUGGUCUUUGACGACAGUUACUGGGCCGCGCACACGACAGAGCGCCGUAAGCAGUACGACUGGGACGAAGUCGGUGAGGCCGUCAUUCGGGAGCUGGAUGUCUCAAAUGUCUGGUUCCGCCUCCGCACUGGCAAGCGUGACAGCGACGUGUUCGCCGAGUACACGUGCACGACGAAGUCGCUCUUGGAGCGUGCCUUGGACGGACCCAUUGAGCUGUAUCUGCAGCCGACGGGCGCAAAUGGUGCGAUGGAUCCAUCGAAGCUGCUGGAUGCGCCCGGUUCGCUUGUGGAGAAAGGCAAGAAUGCAUCAGGUGCCAUGAAAGAGAAUGCCAAUCCACAGAACCUUGCCAACAUGCCAGGGAAAAUGCUCGAUUCCGGCCAGGACCUGGCAUCAAAGGGUGCUGACAAAGUCGGCCAAAUCGGCACUGGCGACGCAUUCAUGGCUCAAGGAGGCAAAGUGCUUGUCAGCUGCCGAUACAUUCCCAUGGACAUACAUCUCGAGCCGAUCGAGAGUGUCGUGAACCAAGGCUCACUUACGAUCGAGGUGCUGCACUGUAAUAACCUGGCAUCAGCCGACCGUGGUGGCAAGUCUGAUCCAUACGUCCUCUUCCAGGACAAUGGCGAGACACUCGCUCGCACAAAGACCGUGCGCCGCAACCUAAACCCGCGGUUCAACGAGGUCUUGCCUGAAGUCCUGAUCAAGUCGCGGUUGACGCGUGAGUAUCGCUUCAAUGUGCGUGACUGGGACCAAGUGGGUGCAUCAGACCCACUGGGUACGGCAUACGUAAAUCUUGCUGAGCUUGAGCCAUUCGAAACGUAUGAGCGCACAUUGCCCCUUACCGGUGAAGGCGCUCUGGAGGACAGUACCAUCACGGUACGUCUCACGUUCCACCCACGCUAUCUGAACAACUUGGUCGGCAAGUUCGGCAAUGCCAUGGGCAACAUGGCCUCUGGCGUAAUUGGUGGCAUUGGCAAUCUUGGUAAGGGUGUCGCCACGGGAGGCAUGUCUUUCGGUCAGCAGAUCAUGAGUGCUGUGGGCAUCAAGCACCACGACAAGGAGCAUCCGACGCCCGAAGAAGCUGCUCAGCAAUAUGCGGAACAGAGUGGCCCGCCCAAGGAUCGUCAGCACGAUGAGGCGCAUGCCUCCGAGUCUGGCGUGCAAGGAGAGCAUGCUCCGUCAUCGGCGCAUCCGCCCAACAAGGACCCCAUGGAUACGAGCAACUUUAAGGUCGAUAACUCGUCGAAGUACUCGCUCCAGGAUGCGAACGAAUCAGCCUCCCUCGCCACAAAUACCGAGCUGGGAGACCAUAACGGCCCUCAGCCACGUCGGCGCCGCGGCAUCCCAAAUCCAUUCAAGAAGCUUGCACACAAAUCCUAA